GUGCAGGCUUUGCACAUUUUACGGAUUUACCACCUGAAGCAAAACCCUAGCUCCACAACGCCGCCGCCGCCCCAUUCCCCGCGCCGCCGCCUGCCAAGCUCCCGCGAAGGAGCUGAGGUGCGCGCAGCACAACAUGGCGCUGGCGAUCUCGAUGGAUGCCAUCGAAGCCCGGGCGCGGGAGCUCGGGGUCGACCUCUCCACCGUCGAUCUCGACUCCAUCACACUCCCGCCCGGCGAGGACUUCGGCAUCCUCAGUGAUGAUGAGGAUAUACUUCAGAAUGACGACUUUCCAGAGCUUGAUAUGGGGUUUGCAAACAUUGUUGUUGUGGACAAUCUUCCGGUUGUUCCAACAGAGAAGUACGAGAAGCUGGAGGGUGUUGUACGCAAGAUAUAUAGCCAGAUUGGUGUGAUAAAAAAAGAUGGCCUUUGGAUGCCUAAGGACCCCGAGACACAGAAGACCUAUGGUUACUGCUUCAUUGAGUAUAAUACUCCGCAGGAGGCUGAACUUGCUAGGGAAAAAACAAGUUUGUACAAACUGGACAGGUCACACGUAUUUGCAGUUAAUAUUUUUGAUGACUUUGAGAAGUACAUGAAAGUCCCUGAUGAAUGGAAGCCUGCUGAAAUCAAGCCAUACACUCCUGGAGAAAAUCUUCUGAAGUGGCUAACUGAUGAGAAGGCCAGAGAUCAGUUUGUGAUCCGUGCUGGUACGUUCACGGAAGUAUACUGGAAUGAUGCCAGGCAGGCAAUGCCUGAGCUUGUAUACCAGAAGCAGUAUUGGACAGAUAGUUAUGUUCAAUGGUCCCCUCUUGGAACACACUUGGCGACGGUGCAUAGGCAGGGUGCACAGGUGUGGGGCGGUGAUGAUACAUUUGUGCGUCUAAUGCGUUUUGCUCAUCCACAGGUGAAACUGAUCGAUUUCUCUCCUGGUGAGAAGUAUUUGGUCACAUAUAGCAGCCAUGAGCCCAGCAAUCCUCGAGACACUCAUAGGGUUGUCCUGAAUAUCUUUGAUGUAAGGACCGGGAAAGUGAUGCGGGACUUCAAGGGGAGCGCUGAUGAUUUCACCACUGGUGGAAGUAUUGGUGUUUCUGGUGUUUCAUGGCCUAUCUUCAGGUGGGGUGGUGGAAGAGAUGAUAAAUAUUUUGCUAGGCUUGGGAAGAAUGUAAUAUCUGUCUAUGAAACUGAGACGUUCUCCCUUCUUGAUAAGAAGUCCUUGAAGGUAGAAAAUGUGGUGGACUUCAGUUGGUCGCCCACUGAUCCUAUCAUAUCCCUGUUUGUGCCUGAAUUGGGUGGUGGAAAUCAGCCUGCCAAGGUGAGUCUUGUGCAAAUUCCUGGCAAAGAGGAGCUGCGGCAGAAAAACCUUUUCAGUGUCAGCGAUUGUAAGAUGUACUGGCAGAACAACGGAGAAUAUCUCGCUGUCCAGGUAGAUAGGUACACAAAAACAAAGAAGAGCAUUUAUACUGGGUUUGAACUAUUCAGAAUCAAGGAAAGAGACAUCCCAAUUGAGGUCUUUGAAUUGGACAACAAGAAUGACAAGAUAAUUGCCUUUGCAUGGGAGCCCAGAGGACACCGCUUUGCUGUUAUUCACGGUGAUGGACCUAAGCAUGAUAUAAGUUUCUAUUCCAUGCGCACAGCCAACACCAACGUUAGCCGUGUGUCCAAGAUCACCACACUGAAGGGCAAGCAGGCUAAUGCAUUGUUCUGGUCUCCUGCUGGGCAUUUCAUUGUUCUUGCUGGGUUAAAGGGUUUCAAUGGCCAGUUGGAGUUCUACAAUGUUGAUGACCUUGAGACCAUGGCGACAGGAGAGCAUUUUAUGGCGACUGACAUCAUGUGGGAUCCUACUGGAAGAUUCCUUGCAACGGCAGUUACCUCAGUCCAUGAGAUGGAGAAUGGUUUUCAAAUUUGGUCCUUCAAUGGGAAACAAAUUUACAAAGUGUCAAAGGAUCACUUCUAUCAGUUCCAUUGGCGUCCAAGGCCACCAUCACUACUUACUCCUGAGAAGGAGGAAGAGAUCUCGGCAAACCUUAAGAGGUACAGCAAGAAGUACGAGCAAGAGGACCAGGACGUGUUCAACCAGGUGAGCGAGCAGGAUCGCAAGCGGCGGAAGCAGCUUCAGGAGGAAUGGGAAGGGUGGGUUGCUAGCUGGAAGCAGCAGCACGAAGAGGAACGAGCAUACAGGAUGGCGCUGAGAGGUGGGGAGGACAGCGAGGAGGAAGAAGAGUAUGAAGCCAAGGAGGUUGAGGUGGAUGAGGUGUUGGGCGUUGAAGAAGAAACUGUCGCCUUCGACCUGGACUAGGAGUGAAACACUUGACCUCCGCUAAUUGCCGUGUAGCUUUGCAUAAUAGGCUUGAGUUGAAGCACGCAAUUUUGGACCCUCUGCUAGCUGAUUGUACAGCUAUCUUGGAUUUACUAGUCAUGCUUAGUGCUGCCAGUUUUGUUUUGUAGGAUUGUGCAUUUGUACUGCAAAUGGGAAUUCUGAAAUACAGGGUAAAAUUAUAAUGUCCAACCAUGUCUCAAGCCCCGUUUCUUGCACCCA